GCCAUGGUCUCCUACCCCGACGCGGUCGAUCACACUGCCCCUCCUCCUCCAGCUUCGACUUCAUCGCGUUUGUCGCAGUCCGGCCGACGACCACGCCAUGGCCGCUCACACCAUGGCGGAUCAUCCUACCAGCCGCAGAACGAUUUCCCGAUAUUUGCACACACCGGCGAUGUUGAAAUAGUCAUUGCAGUCGAUCGACAAGAGAAGCGGUACUUGCUCCACCGAUUGAUUUUAUCGCAAUGCUCGGGCUUUUUCGAAGCAAGUACUAGUGAAGAAUGGCCGUCCACUCAGACACAGACACAGACACAGAAGGAUGCCGCGGCUGCCAUCGAUUCAGACCCGAGUUUGCCCAGCGUCCCGGAGGAUGGCUCGUCCAUUUUGUCCGGGAGGGGUAGUCUGCUGGGAGCUUCUGGGCCGCCAAGGCAAAGAUGGAGAUAUGAACUGGAUUGGCAGCAUAGAGAAGCAGAUGAGGAGCCUAUUCUGGUACAAAAGCCUGCAACAUCCGAACCCAUGUUUGCAAGCUCGAGCUUUGCGCACCCUCCACCUCAGUCAAUCACAAAACCAUCUGCUCCUCGAGCAGGCUUUUUCCGGUCUGUCGUGAACCUAGCCGGCAUGCAAUCUGCUGUGCACAUCCCUUCCAACGGAGCCGUCCCAGACGCUGAAAUGAACCCGCUCAUUCGCGACUAUGAUAAUCUCUUCCGGAUAUUCUACAACUUCUCUCCAAUUCUAAACAGCGUGAACAUCGCAACCGCCUAUGCGGAAUCCAAGUCUCUGCUCAACCUAGCAGACAUGUACGAUGCACUUCCAGUUGUUGGGUCACGUAUCGACCACCACCUGCUACGAUUCUCCUCUCGAUUGUUCAAACAAAUCGCAAAGUAUCCGCCGAGCUAUCUAAAACUGGGCUAUCUAGCCCACAGCCGUGUCAUAUUUUCCGAAGCUUUGAUUCAUGUUGUGGGGCAAUGGCCCGCAGCACAGAGUCAGCUACGAAAUGCUAGUUUUUCACCACUGCCGAAUUCAGUCCUAGAUUUAAUCGAGGAUAAAGUAGACGAUCUCGAAGAUUUGAAGACGCGUGUCGACGCAAAACUGUUCCGCCUGACUCUAACCACCUCACGGGGCGAGCGGGUCAGUCCAUCGAAUGCCUACUUGGACUGGCUUGCAGUUUCACUUUUCAGACAGUGGUUUGUAGAGAACACAACUCCACCCCCAGCACCGAUAUUGAAGACCACUUCCGCUGGUUCUGGGCCUAAUAGCGGUGCUUCACGACACUCUUCCGCAGCGCCUAUUCCGUCAGGCCGUGUAUAUCGUCUCAUCGGCUCAUCAUCAACUGAAGCAUACCUGCCGCACGACGAGCUGAAACGAUUCCUCAAACUCCGAGCCUCUUCGUCCUCGGAAUCUCUCUAUACACGCGAUGGCUUCAAGCGUUUUGAGCGCAAGAUGGACGAGAUCAAACGAUUAGCACGCGAGAUUGUAAAACCGCUAAUGAGAAACUUCCUUGAGCUGGAUCUCAAAGGAAGCGAUACUGGCGGAGGGGCCGGGGGAAGCGGCGUCGGUGAUGGCGGCAUUGGAGGACUGCCAUAUCUGACCUGCACUAGGGUCGAAGAGGCUGAUCUCCCGUGGAGAUGA